GUAGUCGUGAGCAGAUCUGGUUUCCUGCAAACUACAGUGCCCAGAGAGGUUUGCAAACGUAAUGGCGGGUCAAAUAGCAAACAACAGUGAGUGAAGGGGUCGUAUCUCCGGUGAUUCGUUAAAAGUGUAUUAACAGGUGAAAACUAAACGAAAAGAUUUAGUUAAGAUUUAUCUUUCUGAAGUAUGGCUAUUUUGCACUGAGAGUAAGCUACGGAAUGAUGAAUUCGAUUCUUUGCACGGGACGGGAAAAGAUUUAGUAUAAUUACUAGACGUUGCAUUUGGAGUAAUACAUUGAGAUACUGAUUCGCCUCACUAUGCUUUCUUUUUUAAUGCGAGGAAUCCGCUGUAGCGACAAGCUACUGGGAUCCUCAGUGAAGUGGUCGCUUGUACAUCAUAGGAAGGCGCUUCUAAGGACUUGGGCGUGUUUCAGACUCGGACAAGGGUUGAGCACAGACGAAUAUGUCUUACGCCCUGCUAUAGCCUUUGCGAGCGUGAAGCGAAACAUCUGGACUCCGGAAGGGGCCCUGAAAGCUGGGAAACCUGAAAACAGCAGCAGGCAGGUGUCUGUGCAAAAAAGCAAAAAAGAAGAAGCACCCCUAUCAGCUGCUCAGAAAGUGAAAGAAGCUGGGCGAGAUUUCACCUACUUAAUUGUGGUGGUGGUCGGGAUCGGCAUUACAGGUGGUUUAUUCUAUGUGAUUUUUAAGGAGCUGUUCUCUCCCUCCAGCCCCAGCAAAAUCUAUGGCGAUGCCUUGGAAAAAUGCAGAGUUCACCCUGAGGUAAUAGGUGUUUUUGGUGAACCCAUAAAAGGUUAUGGUGAAGCUACACGUCGUGGGCGAAGGCAACUAGUCAGCCACAUUGAAUAUGUAAAAGAUGGACUGAAAUACAUGCGCCUAAAGUUCUAUAUUGAAGGCUCAGAAAAAGGAAAACAGGGGACAGUUCAUCUGGAGGUGAAAGAGAAUCCAGAAAGUGGAAAAUACGAAUAUCGUUAUAUAUUUGUGGAUAUUGAUGUCUACCCUAGAAGAACCAUAAUAAUUGAAGACAAUAGAUAGUGAAACAACGGAAAGGACCUUUCAUUGCAGUUCAUGGUACUGUAGUUUACAAAAAAUGGGAGAAAUGAAGCAAAAAAUUGACUGAAGGGUCAUCCUUGCAAAAUACCCAUGUAAUGUCAGUGGAACCGAUGGCCUUACGAAUAAUUCUGCUGAGAUAAUACUGAAAGUAGGGAAUCAUAGCUUUUAAUAGAAAAUGCAAACAAGGUUGAUGCAGUUAAUAUAAAUUGGAAGCCAGCUGUGACUGCAAACAUUAUUCACCAAAGAUUUUCGCUGUGAAUCACAGUUUUAUAUACACGUACACAUAGCCUUCUCAGGAUGAAUUUCCCUUGUUUGAAUUUGGAUUUCAUACUAGUGCCACAUUAAAUGAACAUUAAAAAUGAAUAGAAUAUUAUUGUCCUUUCAUGCUCAGAGUUCGUAUUAGGAUGCAUGGUUGCUGUUUCUGUAUUUUUUUUCUGAAUAUAAGGCAGAAUCUCACAGAUGAUAAAUUGUUUAGUAGGAUCUAGGGCUCCACUGAGUGUUCUGCUUUUAUUUUUUGCUCCUCCAUUGUGAAAAUGUUUGCCUUUUCUCAGUCACCAACACUGUUUGCUUUCUCUGCUGUGGCACUGGUGUCAUUUUUUACCCUCUUCAUUACUGUGUUAUCUUCUUCAGUUAAUCACAUGCGCAGUUCCAUGCAAUUAGGUAUCAUUUAGUGGACAAGUCGAUAUUGGAACACUUCCUAGCUAACUAGAUUUGAUCAUGUGACAUCACCGAAGGCAAAUAUGAGCGAGAGCAAAUGCCUCUUGGAUCAGUCAUGUUGGUGAUCCCAGUCAGUCAGAGAACACAUAGUGAACCGGAUGCCAUCACAACCCUGUGCAGCCAGUUUGACUUGGCUACAUGCUAAGCCCAUUUAGGAAGUAUUCCACUCGCUCUGAAUAGGCAAAUCAUUUUCACCUCUUGAUGCCGUCACCAGAGAAUCCCCAAAUGCUGGAAAUGUUAGCUGAACAUGUUAACAAAACCUGUUCCACCCUUAAGCUCAGCCCUAGCAGGGUCUAUUCUAUUCUCAGUUCAUCUGAAAGUUGGGGAAUACUUUGCAAUAUCCAGUAAAUACUUGGUAUAGUUUGACUAAAGGUAAAGAAUGUUGCCAUCUAGUGGACUUUACGACAAAUUGCGUCACUUAAUCCCUUUCUUGCUCAUCCUUAUCCAUUACUGUAUUUAACAUAAAACCACUAUAUGGUAUUGCAAUAUUUGUUGAAUCUUGAUACAUUCAUUUAACUUAUCAAAAAUUAUAUGAGUUACUGACAAACUAAGUCCUUGGAUAUUGCCCUUCAAUUUUCAGAAUUGCAUUCAAAUUACAUUCUUUUUUAGGUUUAAGUUUAAGAAUAUGCAAUAGUGUAUAAUCCCUUAAGAGUCUGUGUAUUUUGUUUUGUUAAUUGCACGGAAUGGUUUCCAAAGUCAGUAGGUGUGGCUUAUGCCUAUUGACCAUGCUCAGAAGGAUAAUAUUGCAGGUAUCCUCCAGACCCAUGGUAUAAAAUAUCAAAACUUUAGAAUACUGGAGUCUCUUUAUGACACUAGAAACAUCACUGAACUUUGCCUACACAGAUUCUCUGCUUACUGUGCUUUCCAAAUUAAUUUCCGCUUUAACGAAUAUAAUUGCUAUUUGUUUUGCCUUACCUUGCCUGAUGUCUAAUUCACAAGGGCUGCGAGACUCUAGCAAUGCUAGAAAUGGAUGUCAGUGUUGGGUGGGAGACUGCCCAGGAUUACUUUGUAAACUGUCAUGUAACUACUCCACUCUAUAAGCGUGGGGGACCCAUUGAGAUGGCCCACCCUUGGAGACUUAACGGAAUCUGAUGGAUUCCUGAAUGCUCUGGGGGAUUAACAUGGCUAGUGCUCUUGUUGACACUCUUGUUGCACUGUGGAAUGGUGAGAUGAGUAGAGCCAUUGAUACGAUUGUUCCUGAGUGCCCCCACCAUCGUUGUGGAACACGUAGGUCACCAUGGUAUGCCACUGAUCUGUGUGCGAUGAAACACAAGAGUCAGUGGCUGGAGCACAGGUGGUAUAAAACCUCAGUCCAAACCUGACCAAACACAGGUAUGGCUGUGUCAGCGUGCCUACCAUGUGGCAGUGAAGAAAGCGUUCUCUGCCACCAUUGUGUCUGCAAGUAGCUGCCCAGCAGAGCUUUUCCAAGUGAUGAAUGGGCUUUUGUUAUCUGGCCAAGAGAGAGUUGCUGUGACACCCUCGGAGGCCUGCUACAACUUUGCAAAGCACUUUAGGGAUAAAAUCUCUUAGAUUUGGACAGAGUUGGAUACCACAGUUAGAGCCAAUCCAGUAGAGUUAUCCAGAGUGCUGUCCCAUCUGUACUGGAUCAGUUUUGAUUAUUACAGCCUAAGGAUAUGAACAAGCUGCUUGAAGAAGUACAGCCGACCACCUGCCCCUUGCCCAUCUUGGCUUCUUAGAUCUAGUCGUGAGGAAUUGACUGGAUGGGUCCAGGGAGUGAUUAAGGCUUCACUGGAGGAUGGGGAGGUACCAUCUGCCUGAAGAAGGCAGUGGUGCAUCUCCGUAAGAGGAUCUCCCUGAGUCAAAAAAUGUUAAAUAACUAUCACCCAGUGGCAAAUAUCCCAUUUUUGGGCAAGAUGCUCGAGAAGGUGGUGGUGGUCCCAACUUCAAGCAUGCUUAGAGGAAACUAAUUACUUGGAUCCAUUCCAGUUUGGUUUCAGGCCUGGCCAUAGCAGUGAAACUGCCUUGGUCACCCUGGUUGAUGUCAUUGGUCAGGAGAGAGAAAGGGGGAAUGCGACACUGCUCAUUCUCCUUGGUCUCUCAGGGGCUUUUGAUAAUGUUGACCAUGGUAUCCUUUUUGUCUCAGGGAGGUGGGGGUUGGGGGGAAUGUGCUUCAUUGGUUCCACUCAUACCUCCAGGGCUGCUUCCAACAAGUAAUUAUGAGAGGAUAUUGCUCAGCACCUUGGGAACAAUCCUGUGGUGUUCUGCAAGGUUCCAUCUUGUCGUCUCCAUGCUAUUUAGAAUCUAUAUGAAGCCAUUGGGAGCUGUCAGCGAGAGACUUGGUGCCAUCAAUAUGCAGAUGACACCCAGUUCUACCUCUCUGUUCCAUCUGAAUCAAGAAUGGCAGUUGAGGUCCUGAACUAGUGCUUGGAGGUGAUGAUGGGCUGGAUCGUGAAAAGACAAAUGUUACGUGUUUGGGAGGUGAGGAGGCGGCCUGUUCUGGAUAGGUUUGCACCUGGAAGGAGUAGGUCUGCAGCAUGGGGAUACUCUUGGAUUCAACAUUGUCACUGGAGGCUCAGAUGGCCUCAGUGGCUAGGACUAUCUCCAGCUCUGGCUGAUUUGCCAGCAUCAGCCUCUUCUGGACAGAGAUGGCUUUGCCACAGUACUCCAUGUUCUGCUAACUUCCAGACUGGAUUAUUGCAGUGCUCCAAAUAGGCUGCCCCUGAAGAUGACUCGGAAACUUCAACUGGUUCAAAAUGCAGCAGCCAGAUUAGUGGCAGAGGUUCCCUUUAGAUCUCAUACAACCCAUUUUAAAACAGCUGCAUUGGUUGCCAGUUCAUUUCCAGGCCCAUUGCACGGAAGGUACUCACAUUAGUGUUUAAAGCCCUAAACAACAUACGCCCCAAAUAUCUGAAAAACUGCCUCUCAUGUGUUGAGAUCAGCAGAGGGGGUCCUUUUGGUAGUUCCUCCACCCUCAGAAGCUCAGGGGUGGCCUGGGAGAAAGCAUUCUUUGUGGCAGCCCCUAAGUUAUGGAACUUCCUCCCCACAGAGGUGCAUCUGGCACUUCACUGUACAGUUUUUGGCAAAUGCUGAAGACUCACCUUCUUACUCUGGCAUUUGACACUUGACAUGUAUAUUUUUAGGACCCACCCUAAAUUUUAUGAUGUGAUUCUAGGUUGUUUUUAGCUGUUUGUAAUGAUGCAUUUUAAAACUAUUGUGACCUGCACUGGGACCUUUGGGUGAAGGGUGGUCAAUAAAUCUUAAUAUAUAAUA